AUGUUCUCGCCCGCUGUUGGCAGAGUCGCCCGCUCUGCAAACACCUUCGCUACUGCGCCAGCGACUUCGUAUGUCUUCACCCGCUGCGCCCGCUCUGCGCUGAGCACCAGCACGGCGCCGCAACAACCCUUCCGACCCAGUCACCAGCGGCGCUACUCGUCCUCGAAGCCGUCCACACCCCCGAACAGCAAAAAGAAGCCCACGGAAAUAGAUCAGAAUGCGACGGCAGAGCUGCAGGGCGCCGGCAAGAAGUCCAAGGAGACGAAGAAGCUGAAGGAGCCCUCGACGGCUACCACAGGCAACAACGUGCCCUUUGUACCGCCAACAAACCACCUCCGGGAAGACGAUGUCAAACUAUCCGCCUUCUUCGGCCUCCACCGCCCCAUCUCCAUCUCGCGCUCCUUCCCCAACGCGACGUCGACCGCCGAAUUUGACGCCUUCUUUGACGUAAACCGGGCGAAUGACGUUCAAAGAAUGGAAGCCACCAAGAACGUUCUCGCUGGCUUCCUGGACCGCGUAAACGCCGAGAUCGAUGCACAAGAGGAGCAGCGAGCCGAUGCGAUACAAUCGGAACAGGAGGUAUACCACCUCGAUGUUGAACCCACACAGCAAAACGUAGAAGACUGGGCCUCUCGCCUUGUUCCCUUCCGAGCGCCAGCGGCACCCGAGCCGUACGAUGCACUAGCGAGCGCGCCUCAGGCCGAGUCACACUCCGCUGAAGGCCUCUCCGCUAGCAUCAACCAGCGCAUAACCGAAGUACCGCUGCCCGCGCAAGAGAGGAAGCCAAGCACAUUUCGCCAGCACGUUGCGCGACGAAGAUAUGGCAUGUACAUGAUCAGUGUAAAGAGGCAACGGAAGCUCAAGAUGAAGAAGCACAAGUACAAGAAGCUCAUGAAGAGGACGAGGCUGUUGCGGAGGAAGCUCGAUAGGUUGUAG